AUGUCGAAUCCCGUCUCUGCAGACACGGGGGCCAAGGGCUGGGAGAUUAUUGAGCGUGUCACGCCCUUCGUCCACGCCGUGGGUCGGGUGGAGGGGCCCCAGGGCAGGGGCAGCGCCAUCUUCGUCUCACUGUCGGCUCCCGUGCCGUCUGUUUCCCCUUUGGAGGGGGAGGACUCCCUUGCCGUGUUGCUCUCGACGUCGGAGGUGCUACCUGGCUCCCCGGGCGCGCUCGCGGGGAUGUUCGUGGCCUUUAUGGAGCAGCCCAUCGUGGGUACCGCCGCCGCGUUGGGCCGAAAACCUAUCCCCUUUUUCCUUGCCCUGAGGGGCGAUGCUGGGCUCGUCAGCUCCGUUGAGGCACCCUUGCCGAAGGAGCCUGUUAGUGACAAGACCGCGGUCGAGGAGGUUGGUUUCACCCUCACGUACUGCGAGACGACCCACCAAUGCGGGUCGUUUAAAGGUGGGGAUGGUCUUCACCAAAUUCGACCGCUCCCCCUUCCUUUGCGGCCCUCCAUGAUCUCGCCGGUGCAAAUCGGCGAUACGCACCUUCUCGUAACUCACGUAGAUGGACUUGAGCGCCGCUACGUAGUGCGGUCUGUCGUCGCGGUCUUUGAAGAUUACUGCGAGUACGCACAGGAUUCUGGACGACGCCGACUGGGCGAGUUUUCUAGCGGAGGGGCCGUUUUCAACGAACGUGGUGAUUUUAUCGGCUUGCAGCACUAUCGAAAUCAUUCAAUAUGCAUGUUUGCAACCUCCAUCGUGCGCUACCUAUUUUAUUCUGGCCAUCUCGCUAUGUGUCAAUUCCCCAUAUUAGAACCAUCCUUGACCGAGAAGACCCUUGACGGGGGUGAUCUCCAGGCUUUAACACCUACGAAAAUAACAUUAGCUCCUCUAACCGCUCAGAUUCCGAGUUACCUUGAGGUUUACAAUGAGUUUAUGACUGGCUAUGAUAGCUUUCUGCACAUGCUAAGUGCGUUUGGGUACUCACCUAUGCUCACACAAAAAGUAUUGGAAACGAUGGUGUCACCGAGCUACGAGUGCGAGCUGCGGAUAGUCGCCGCAACCCAAGUUGUCGGUGUUAUUCUAGGAAUCGUCGACACAUACCCUCAUUUGGAGUCGUUAGUAAACAUCGCGCUCAUAGUGCUCAGCCGCCUGUGCAUGCACAAUUCGAACUUGUAUGUGUUCAUUCACGCAGAAGGCAUCUCUACGGUGACAGAAGUGCUGAAGAUGUAUCUUCAUCAGCCUAGGGUUCUUCAAUGGGGUGUCUAUUGUCUACACCGGGUUGUAGAUGAGAAAAUCCCCUUAGAGUAUCGAGCUGCGUCAGUAGAUCUCAUCCUACGGUGCUCUUUUCUUGACUUCGCGAUGCAUACACUUCAAACACAUGGUAGAACCGAGAGCACACACACGCAUUUAGUGCGUUGGAUCUCCUUGCUACUGGCUAACUUGAUUGAAGUCCAACCUUACGUAGUGACAUGGCUUGCGGAAAAAGACUACAUGCCAUUGUGGGUUGAUAUAAUGAAAACCUAUUUAAAGGAGGAGGUAGUCAUACAAGCGCUACUGUUAGUUCUACAAAAGAUCCUUAGAGCGGCCUCUGCUUUACAUGAAACCUCUUUGGGAAUUGGGAAUAGUGAUUCUUCGACGGAGGAGAAGAAGUCAAAGAAAGAACACGAAGACUUUUCGAAUGAAAUCCUUCUGGAAAAGACGACAGAGUCUGUCCCCUCCUCCCGAGGAGCUGAUUCGUGUACGAUAGGCUCGUUUCCAUCUCAAAAUGAGGCCGCCGCUCCCGACAUUUCCCAGAACAUUGCUGAGGCUAAUGCCUUUGGCGUGAGUGCACUUCUCCUCUACACAUCGUUAUCGCGGCCGUCGUGUCGUGAUGCGUUUCUGAAUAUCCUUGUCUGCGUUCUUGAAAGGGAAGCAGAUGGAGUUUUUAAUUGCAUAGAGCUGAAUUGUGUUGGCAUUGUUCUUGAAGUAUUUGAGUAUUUAAGGGUUUUGGGACUGCUGACACCCAGAAACAACCACAGUACAGAAUCACCCCGAACGUUUGGCAACGUCAUUGAAAGAUUGGAUAAGGCCUUGAUACAAUUGCAGAAGAAGUUUCCAAGCAAUGAUGCUUUGCUCAAGAGCAUUGAGUGUGCUCGUUCGCGAAUUGGCGUCUAG